AUGCCAAAUCAUAAUUCAAAUGAAAGACAACAUUUAUUGAAAGGUGUUCGGAAAGAUAUAAUACUAGACCCUUCAAGUGACCUACCAGGGUUUGUUGCCUCAGAAUUAGAACAAGAAGAAUUGUUAAGAGACCCAACAUAUCAUAGUAUUGAACAAUCUUCAGACAGUACAGAUGAGGAAAAUUCAGGUGGUGAUGAUGAAGAUGGUGAAAUAUCCAAAACAAAGAAAAGCAUCAUCUUGGGCUCGAUGUUUAUCGGUGUCUUUCUGGCUUCAUUAGAUGGUACUGUUAUUGUUACACUAAUUAGUCAUAUUGCAAGUGAAUUCAAUGCCCUUCCCAAAAUUUCAUGGAUUGCAACAGCUUAUUUACUUUCAUCUGCAACUUUCCAACCAUUAUAUGGGAAAUUAAGUGAUAUCUUUGGAAGACGUGCCUUGUUAUUAUUUUGUAAUUUAACUUUUACAUUGGGGUGUUUAAUCUGUUCCAUUGCUUCAAAUGUUGAAAUUUUAAUAUUGGGGAGAUUUAUUAGUGGUGUUGGAGGUGGUGGAUUAACUUCAUUAACUUCAAUAACUACAUCUGAUAUAAUUCCUUUAAAAUCUCGUGGUGUUUAUCAAGGUUUAACAAAUGUUGCCUUUGGGUUAGGUACUGCAGUUGGUGGUGUUGUUGGUGGAUUAUUUGCAGAUAAUCCAAAAUUAGGAGGUUGGCGUGGUGCUUUCCUAAGUCAAGUCCCAUUGACUUUAUUAAGUACCUUGUCUAUUUAUUGUUUCCUAAAGUUACCAAAAGGUUCAUCUGGAUUAGGUGUUUCAGGUGGUGAUAUUACUAAAAAAUUGAAAUUAAUUGAUUGGUAUGGUAGUAUCAGUUUGAUUACAUUUUUAAUGCUAUUUUUAUCAGGUGCUUCAUUUGGUGGUAAAGAGUUAAGCUAUCAAAGUUUAGGAUUCAUCUUGUUAAGUAUUGGAUGUGUAUUAGCAUUGAUUUCAUUCAUUUGGGUUGAAUUUAAAACUUCAAAUCCGGUAUUACCUUUGGAAUUUCUUAAAAUACCUACGGUUACAGGUGUUUCAUUAUCAAAUUUCUUUAUGAGUGUUAGUACAUUCACUUCAUAUUAUUAUGUUCCAGUUUACUAUACUUCAAUUUUCAAUUUGAAUUCAACAGAGAUUGGUAAAAGAUUUUCACCAAAUUUUUUCUGUAUUGUUAUAGGCUCGUUAGGUGCUGGUUUUUAUAUGAGAAAGACUGGUAAAUAUCAAAAAUUAUUGUUAUUAUCUGGUGUUUUAUCAGUUUGGGGGUUUUUAAGAAUUGUUCAGCUAAAUCCAAAUUAUAAUCUAUUUGAACAAUAUAUGUUGUUUAUUACACCAGGCUUGGGUACUUCAGUUAUCAUAACUGCAACUUUACUGGCAUUAAUUGCAGCAGUUCCACAUGAACAUCAAGCUGCCACCACAUCAAUUAGUUAUUUAUUCAGAUCAUGUGGUUCCACAUUAGGUGUUUCUACAGGUUCAGCAAUUUUUUCCAAGAAAUUAGAGAUUGAAUUGAAGGAUAAAGUUUUGGAAUUUUUGGAUAAAGGUUAUUCAUUAAAAGAAUUACAAGAGAUCAUUUAUCAAGCUGCUCAUAAUACUGAAUAUAUUAACAAUGGAGCACCAGAUUUUAUUAAAGAUGCUUUAAAAGAAGCAUACAAGAUCAGUUUGAAGUUGACAUUUGAAUUUUGUCUAUUGACAUCCAUCCUGGGCCUCCUUAGUUUGUUCUUGAUAAAGGAGUAUAUGCUUCAUUCAUCAAUGAAGCGUUAAUUAAAUAAAAGGUUAGAAAUGAAACAUACCCUUAUAUUACCCUCGUAUAUCACGUGUCCCAAUUUACACAAAUCGGGAAAUUUCUAGGCCCCGGAACUCCCAAGAGCCCAUGUUGUCGG